AUGGCACAGCAGAAUGACUCUAAGGCCACAGGCGCCGACGCCCUGCCAGCGUCCGAGUCAGCGAGGGCCUCGUCUGGCUCAGAUACCGCGGCCAAGGACCCGGGUGCUGAAAUGGCUGCACCCUACGGCACGCGCUCCCGCAACAGAACCAGCAACGCCCGCCCCAAUUACGCAGAGGACAAGGAUAUUGACAUGGACAAUUACGACUUUUAUCGCGGCAAGGAUGGCCACGAAGGCUCCAAGAAAUCGGCACGGCACGCCCUCGCGGCGGCCACGCAUGCCGAUGCCCCUCCACGCAAUGGCGGCGGGUCGCGCAAGUCGGGCGUAGACGACGGCCGAGCGGCUGGACCGUCGCAGAAUGGCUUCAAGGACCAGAAUUCCACCGCCAACAGUGGGAAUGGUGGUGGCGGCGGUGGUGCCACCGGUGCAUCGCAAGCCGCGCCCCCUUCUGGUGCAUCGCAGUCAUCGCGCAAGCGCAAGGCCGCUCCAGCCGGGGCGACAAGGCGGGCCAGCAACGCGGUGCAAAGCACGGGACCGCCGCUGCGCGAGACCAACAUGAUGACUUUUGAAAGGUGCAACUCGUGUCUGGACCAAGAGCGGUUGAUAGCCGACGAUGGGACGGUGCUGGAGUUGAAUGAUCACGUGUACUUGGUGUGCGAGCCGCCGGGCGAGCCAUACUACCUGGGCCGCAUCAUGGAGUUUCUGCCCGCGCAGAAUGACGGCUCGACGCCGGUGGACUCGGUGCGCGUCAACUGGUUCUACCGGCCAAAGGACAUUGGCCGCAAGGCCAGCGACACGCGGCAGCUCUUCGCGACAAUGCAUUCCGACGUUAGCCCGCUGACGGCGCUGCGCGGCAAGUGCCGCAUCAUGCACCGCGGCCAAGUCGACAACAUGGACCAGUUCCGCAAGACGCCCGACAGUUUCUGGUUCGAAAAGCUCUACGACCGCUACAUCCAGAAACAAUACGAUCUGAUUCCGACGUCGAGCAUCGUCAACGUCCCCGACAAGGUCAAGAAGGUGCUCGACGACCGCUGGAAGUACGUCCUGGUGGAGCAGGGGCGUGGCAAGGAGCUCACUAGCGCCGUCAAGCUCUGCAAGAGAUGCAGCGGGUAUUGUGCAAGCAAUGACUCAGUCGACUGUGCCGUCUGUCACAAUACCUACCACAUGAACUGCGUCAGACCACCCUUGCUCAAGAAGCCCUCGCGUGGCUUUGCCUGGUCCUGCGCCGCAUGCAGCAGAGCCCAGGAGCGCAAGCUCGAGGCCCGCAACACGCCCAACGGCGCCGGCGAUGUCGACGACGACGAGUUUGUCGACGACGACGACGACGAGGCACACGGUAUCAGCACCGACCGCACCACUCCCGCCGACGAUGACUCCAACCCCCAGGCCACCGCCCAGCAAAUCUGGCAGGCCAGCAUGUGGCCCUGGCGCUACCUCGGCAUGCACUGCAAACCAGAGGACGCGCUCGACUACGACGACCGCAUUUACCCGCGUGCCAGCACCCGCAUCGGGCCUCGCCACCAAGCCAACGUCGCCCCCUGGCCGGGCCGCCCCGUGCAAUACGUCAAGCCCGUCGAGGUCAAGAAGGGCGCCAAAGGUCCCAAGAUGUCCAAAGAGGCGCAAGAUGCCGAAAAGGCCCUCCGUGGCAAGCGGCCGAAAUGGGUCCAGGAUCAACCUCCCGGAUACGUGGCGCGCGGCGAGGAUCACGAUGAAGACGACCCAAAGGCGACGUCUACACUCUUGUGGAGGCCCCCGUCUUCCGACAACGACAUCCGCAGCAACAGCGUGGAGGACUAUGUGAAGAAGGUGCAGAGCAUGGCCAAGAAGCUCAGCUUGCCCGAACGCUCCACCAAUCUCCGUGACGCAGCACUCGAGACCCUUUUCCGCCACGAAUACGACGUCCCAGGGGCCCUUAAGGCUCUCCCGAACAUCGAGCGAGAAGCGUUCAAGGAGCCGAACCUGACUGCGGCAGAAGUGAAGAAGUUCGAGGAAGGGGUUUCCAAGUAUGGGUCUGAGCUGCAUCUGGUCAUGAAGCACGUCAAAACCAUGACCCCGGCACAGGUAGUUCGUUUCUACUACACCUGGAAGAAGACGGAACGCGGUCAGCAGAUAUGGGGCAGCUUCACUGGGCGAAAGGGCAAGAAGCAGGCCAAGCGCGCCGAGGCGGCCGCAUCAAAGUUCGCCGAUGACGUGGCAGACAACGACGACGAUUCCGCCUUUGACAGCGCCAAGGCGACAGAGAAGAAGCGCUGCUUCGUUUGCCAGUUUUGCUCGACAACCAGCUCUCGCCAGUGGCGAAGGGCACCCACCGCCCCUCCGGGCGUCGCUGGCGACCACGGCGCCAAGGCUGCCGCCAAGGACAAGGGCAGUCAAUUUGUGGUUGCGCUGUGCCGGAGGUGUGCCGAGCUGUGGCGGCGGUAUGGAAUACGUUUCGAGGAAAUGGAGGAGGUCGCCAAGAAAGUUGCCCAGUCUGGCGGGCGAGCAUGGAAGCGCAAGCAAGACGAGGAGCUCCUGAAGGAGCUGCAAGCUGCCCAGGAAAUGGGACUGAUGACCCCGGAUCGAGACAUGACCCCAUUGAGCGGUACCAUCCCUGCCGCCAGCCAGGAGCCACCUCGAAAGAAGCUCAAAAAUGCUCCCUCAGACAACUGCAAGGACAAAGACAAGGAGUCCAGGGAAAAGGAGAGAGAAAAAGAGAAAGAGACCAAGGACAACAACAAGGACCCCGAAACUGCCUGCUCAGAUGGAGGUGGCUCCGUCUCCGGCCUGUCCAAGAAGAAGGACAAGCCCGCCGAUACCACGCCCAUCCCGGAGAUGCCCAAGCCGCGCACGCUGCCGUGUGCCAUUUGCGACCAGAUGGAGCCCCUCGGAGAUCAGCAUGUGUCAUGUAGGGAGUGUCGCCUGACUGUCCACCGGAACUGUUACGGCAUCGUGGACAACCGCAUCCAAGGCCAAUGGACCUGCGAUAUGUGCUCCAAUGACAAGAGCCCGCAGGUUUCAAUCCAAUACAAAUGCGUCUUGUGUCCUGUGGAGCACACGGAGAAAGACUUUGUCGAACAGCCCAAGCUCACCCACCAUAAGAAGAAGAUGUCAGAAAAGGACCGCGAACGCGAAAAGAUGGAAGUGCAGCAGGCACGUAAGGCAGCCGAGUACUACCGCAAGAAGCAGGAAGAGAUGAAUCGGCCGGUGAAUCCGAGAGAGCCCCUGAAGCGCACGGCCGACAACAAUUGGGUCCACGUCACCUGCGCAGUCUGGACGCCAGAGGUCAAGUUCGGAAACGGUAAAGCCCUCGAGCCUUCGGAAGGGGUCCCCUCGAUACCGCGGUCGAGGUAUGACGAGACUUGCCAGGCCUGCAACCAAAAGGGCGGCGCAUGCGUCUUUUGCCACCAAUGCCGCACACCAUACCAUGUGGAAUGUGCGCGACAGCAUGGCCACCUACUCGGCUUCGAUGUCACCCCGGUGAAGAGUUCUCGGCGCGACCAGUUCAACAUUGUGACGGUCGGUGGAGAGAGCGGAACCAUGUCUGCCGUGGUCUGGUGCAAGGACCACGUGCCGACAAAGACAGUGGCACAUCGGAUGCACGAUGUGGUCAGCGAGGCGGGGCUGAAUGCGCUGCAGCUUUACGUGCAAAACUACAAGCAAGCCGACCGGACCCUGACAGGCACGGUUCGCAAGGCAAACCUGAUGAUGAAUGCUGCCAAGACGUCGGGGGCUCCUGCACAACCCGGGGGCUCUCGGCGGACUUCGACGACGACGACGACGAUGACGACCGCUGCUGCUGUGAACGGCUCGGGACCACACGCGCGCUGCGAGAUGACCGAGGCGGCAUCGAACGCGCAGCAGCCCGGAGACAAGGUCUGCAUCACCUGCGGCAUCGACGUGACGCCCAAGUGGUGGCCCAUCGAUGACUCGCUGGAGCGUAGGCUCACCAACGGCCAUCAUGGCGUCAUUGGAUCCGAGGCACAGAAGUUUGUGGAACAGAGGAAAUUCCAGUGCCACAAGUGCCGUAAGGCUGCUCGCACUCCGAAACCGUAUGUGCCGGGGCCUUCACCACCGGCUAGCGAGCCUCCCCGCGUCCACGCACAGGCAAACGGGCAGGCGGUCGGAGUGUCGCCGUUGCGAAGCCCGCCGCCAGCCCCAUCCGACUUUCGGCCCAUUCGUCCUGAGAUCCACGCCCUCCUGCAUCACCCGGCCUCCCACCCACCGCCUACGCCGGCGCCGGCGCAGCCGCCACCGCCACCUCUUCCUCCUGCCCUCUCUCCCGCCGCGUCGUCGACCGCAGCGCCGCCGCACACCGCAGCACCGGCACCGUACAACGACUGGAGCCAUCAGCCGGGACUGAGGCACGCAUCGCCCCCUCGGCAUCUCAACGGAGGCCCUCCUUCGCUACUCAACGGGCCUCCGCCGCCCAUGGCGAAUCUCUCAUCGCUUCGACCUCCGGCAAUAUCAGGGCCUCCUCCUGUCGCGCCCCUUUCAGGGGGCCAUCACCAUCCGCACGGCUCUCCCUUGUAUGGGAACGGCGUCCGGUUCAUGGAACGCCAGCACCGCACAACGCGUCGCCCGGCUUGA